UAUAGAGACACAAGGGAGCCGUGAUACGGGUUUUGACAAUACUCUGGGCCCCAUGCCUGGGGUCUGUAGUGUGGCCAGGAUGUCACACAGGACAAGUGAGCGAGACCUGCAGUCUUCAGCACGUAGAAUGGGAACAUCCCUCCUCUUCCAGUUGUCUGUGCAUGAACGAGAGUUGGACUUGGUAUUUCUUGAUCACAGCUAUGCCAAGCCUUGGAGUGCCCACCCUGAUGCCAGCAAUGCUCGUCCCACCCGUACCCUUUUCAUCACUCCUCGUAGACAGCAGGAAAGUGCCAUAGAGGUCGAUGUUCCAAUUGAUGUUGAAACUGUCACUCCCGUUUCCAUGCCAUUGUAUGAUAACCAGAAGGCUAGAACUGUUAUGAAUGAGUGUGAGCGUCACGUGAUCUUUGUGCGAACAGACACUGAAGCUCCACCACCACCUGAUGACUGGGAAGAUCACCUUAAUAGGACUGGUUGGAGUACAUCACAGAAUAAGCUUUUUAACAAGGUUCUGAAAGCUUUACAAGCUGACCGUCUUGCUCGACUUGCUAAUGAUGGUGCAACCAAUGAGCCAGUGCUGAGAAGAAUUGCUGUGGACAAGUGUGCCCGUCGAGUACGUCAAGCUCUAGCCUCAGUAUGUUGGGACACCAAGCUAGUGCAGUGGCUACAUGGCACAUUGGUAGAAACACUCAGCCUACCACUGCUUGCUGCAUAUCUGGAUGCUCUGCAGACAUUGAAAGGCAAGGUUCCAGCACUUAUCGAUCGAAUGCUCCUAGCCACGAAUGUCAGGGCAGGAGGAGCAAGUGCAGAAGCAUUAUCUCUACUAUUGAAGAGACCAUGGGAUCCAGCAGUUGGAGUUCUGUCCCAUAACAAGCCUAGCAAACUCCCAGGUUCCCCUCUCAUCCUCAUCGCUCCUUCAGGGCCAACUAAUUCAAUAUUUCCCACUUCACGGCGACACCGGUUCUGGCAAUCCCAGCUUUCCUGUUUAGCCAAGGUCAUUCCAGUUGGUUCUCAGCUGGCAAACAGCGGCAGUGGGGUGACUUCCUUACAGUGCCUAGAAAGCAUGAUUGGUGGAUUGCGCAGCAAGGUCGUUGAGAUUCACAAUCAUUUCCCUCACAAGCCUGUCAUUUUGCUUGGUUGGAAUACAGGAGCUUUAGUUGCAUGUCAUGUGUCUUUAUUGGAAUAUGUCACAGCCGUUGUGUGCCUGGGGUUCCCCUUACUGACUAUAGAUGGACCUCGAGGGGAUGUUGAUGACCCUCUCAUUGAUAUGAAGACCCCAGUACUUUUUGUGAUUGGUCAAAAUUCGCUUCAGUGUCAUCCGGAGACCAUGGAAGAUUUUCGAGAGAAGCUUAGAGCUGAUAACAGCCUUGUUAUCGUUGGAGGAGCUGAUGACAAUCUACGGAUAAGCAAAAUGAAGAAAAAAACAGAAAGCUUGACCCAAAGUAUGGUAGACAGGUGCAUUCAGGAUGAGAUUGCUGACUUUCUCACAAUGGUCUUAAAUCGAGCUGAGGGUCAUUCUGGUUCUGAUCCUCGUGAUCUUGAUGCUGAAAAGAAGAAGAAGUCAAGAGAUUUCCUGAGGAGAGACCUGCCUUUAGAUUUGCCAGAGCGGAGCAACAGACCAGCUUCACCUGGUGCUCGCUUCCCUGCCUCUCCUUCUGGCUCUGAGGAUAUGUCCAGCAGUCCUACAUCCAGUCCCAAGACUAAGUUAACUGCUAUUUCCACACCCCAUAAACCAGGGCAAACAACUGUGCCACUGAAAACCACAAUACCAAGAUCAGGGGCCACUGUGAAUCCAAAAACUCAAGCCCAGUUUGCAGCUUUCCUGAAACAAAACAUGCUGGUGAGGAAGUCUCUCCCUGCAGGUUCUCCCUCUUGUGUAUUUGUCCCAGUAUCUUCAGAAACAGAAGACAGGGAUGACAACAGAGGGCAGCUGAAGAGGCCUCCCAGCCCUGCAAACAGCUCUGGAUUGAAGCCUUCCAAGCGUCCAAAAAUUAAAGUGACCAUAGUCUCUCAUGGUGAUGGAGCAGGAGGGGGCACCUCUAACUCGCAGGAAGCCUCAAAGUCUUCAUCCUCACCAGUGAUUGGCCAAUCUACAGUGGGUACAAAAGAGAUCACCAGUCUGCUUACUGCACCUAAAUUAGCUUCUGAAAAUGCCUCAUCAAGCUCCGCUGUUUCAGGUCUGAUCCCCGGCACAUCAACCUCUAGCGCAUUCCACUCCAUCCAGAGCCGGCUGGUAUCCAGCAUUCCCCCUGGAGUGCAGAACCAGCAGUCUAGCACAUUGUCAGGAACAAACUCUGGAGCAUCGGCCAGCAGUCUCCUUCAAGGAUUAAGUUUCAGCCUACAAGAUAUAGGAACUAAAUCUAAUACUCUUCCUAGUACCCCUAUCGGCACUGGACUCACUGCUCAGACAAUGGCAGUUAAAGCCCCUGCUCCGCUCCAAACCUUGGGAACGAUAACCACAGCAACUGGGACAAUCCUUCGAACCAUCCCUGUGGUGACUGCUUCUUCAUCUCUUGUGGCAUCCUCUGGUGGCAAACCUACUGCUAUUCAUCAGCUACUCACAAACGGUGGCCUGGCAAAACUGGCUAGUAGUAUCCCUGGCUUGGCACAGUUAACCAGCCCAACUACAGGCUUGAAGGCACCUACCACCAUAACAGUAACUCUACGUGGUCAGCCCAGCCGUGUCACCACACUGAGUCAGGCCAGUAUAGGUGCAGGGGCACAUGCCAGACAAGAUGAUGCCUCUCAACAGGCAUUAGGCUCCUCCUCUUCCACCAUGGUCUCUGCUAGUAAACUCCUCCCCCCUACUGUGGCAGAACAGUGCAAGGUAGCGACAGCCAGCGACAGGACUCCGGGAGAAAAGUCCUUAUCCAUAGUGCGUGCGGUAACCCCUCCAGCAGUGACUACUAGCCCACCGAAGACCUUGUAUGUCAUGUCGGAUGCCAAGCUUUCUGCACUCACCAAAUCUGUUGGCAGCGACAUAGCAUCUUUACCACUGAAGCAAAUGACCUUGCAGAGUUCAUCUGCCGUCGCCCCUGGAGCAGUGACGUUUACAACAGCACUAGCCAACACACCAAACACUGCCUGUACGGUGGUGCUGUCUAAGAUCGGUCCGGUUCUGCAAACUACCCCAAAAACUGUUAUCUUAACAAAGACUGCUUCAAGUGACAAGUCAUUGGGAAAUCAUAUGAUAGCUUCUGUGGAAAGCCUGGGCAGAGUGCCCUCUGUGGUUGAUGAUGGCAGCACAAUAAUUCAUAGCCGAGAGUCGCUGGUGAACAGGCAGCUUUUGCAGCCUGCUCUGAUAGCACUGUCUGGCACUAGCAAUAUGGUGCAAAGCAUGAUAACACCUGCCAGUCAAAAACCACAGUGAGUCUGGUACUAAACAUACACUUCUAACGGAAAAUGACAUGUUGUAAAUGUCCUCCAAAUACUCCUGGUUGGCCCAGGUAAAACUACAGCAGAAGAAAGGUCGAGGAGGAAUUGUCCGUAUGGUUUUAGAAAGGAUGAAUAGAUGAUAUGUUGGG